AAAAAUUAGAAAAAUCAUAUCACGGCUGUCGGCUGCAGUCGCUGUGCACGUUCAUCUGUGGCUGUCAACCAUGGUCGAGGUACUGAAGCGGUUAAGUCUUUGGGGGGCGUCACUAAUCUCUGCAAUUCCACCUGGGAUGUGGUAUUGCUUCUGAUUUAGUAUUUUGACCAGUGGGAUCAUUUUAGAGAUUUCUACUUGAUCUUUCUUUUCAUAAUGGCUCCUAUUCCAUAGACGAGGGAACCAGUGUGAGAGUUCUGCCAUCUGCUAAGUCUAUCCAUCAUGAUUUGCACUCAGGGGCUAGGAAACAGCCACAGGGUGGGUCCGCAGACUCACUGGGUCCAUUCAGAGAUGAACUUGGCUGGGACUCCAUUUGUCACCUGGGCUCGAAUGUUUCCCCCCCUCUAAAAUGAGGCUGUCAUGGUAUCUUGGGUCACCUAGCCCCAGUGCACGCUUGUUGCGGCAAUGUGUACAGCUAGCGUUACAGCUCUUGUUACAGCUCUUGACCGGGGAAAGAACCGAGUGGCACACGAAGAAUCGAAUAGCCUUCUAUUCCUCCACAGCAGGCUCAGCACACCCAGCGUCACAGCUCUCCUUGCAUCUUCUGGUAUUCUGACCCUUCUGCCCUGGUCUCCCCCUACUUUUAUACCCUUGGUAGGGCUCAAAAAGCGUCCAAUCAACAACAAGCUUUAACAUCCAAUCAACAAGCUUUAACAUCCAAUCAAAAACAGUGGGAUUCAAAAAUCACCCAAUCAGGCUCAUGCAAGCAACAUGGACAGAAAUAGGCAGCGGCAUGCAGGCCUGGGGGCAUUUGGGCAUCCCUGGCGGCACUCGGGGGCCCUCCUGGCGGCUCUCUGCCUCUGGCCGGCCCCAGCAGUGUGCCCUCCAACUGGCCACGUGCAGCGCUGGCCCGCAGAGAUGCAGAGCAACGGGGAGGCGGCAAGCGGCCACGUCCCCGUGCCCGCCAUUUUCCGUAUCAAGCUCUGACCCUGGAUUCAACAGACUCCCAAAGACCUGGGUUUUCCCUUUUCCACGCUGUACAGCUAUUCUGGGCCAAGGCACCAUGGAGAGUGGACAGCAAGUGUCUCGCAAAGGCCGGAAGCUGGGCUCCAGCCGGCGGCGGCAGACAAGAGAGCCAGCUGACGGCCAAGAUGCCCCUGCGGCCCCAGGGCCAGAGUCCUGGUCCUCUCAGGCAGCUACAGAGCUGCAGAGCUUCUUCCAGGACUGUGGUGCCCAGGAGAGGGGCUUUGUCACCCGUGAGGACAUGGCGGUGGCCAAGUUCAGCUUCCUGGGCAGCGAGGAGGAGCCGGAGAUGAUCUUCAGCUGGGUGGAUGUGGCGCAGAAGGGACGUCUCUCCCUGGAGGAGUUCAGCUCUGGACUCAGAAACAUCUUUGACUCCAGCUCGAGCACCCAGAGGCUCCGCAGAAGGAGGCCAUUGCCCCCUAAGCGGGUGUCUGCCACCGCCAGCUUCCCAGCGCUGGACGAGGCUGACGCCGGGGAGAAGGAGGCAUUCCUUGCCUUCGUGGAGCAGCUGGGGGCCAGCCCCCACCUUCCCGAGCGGACGGAGAUCUGGCAGCUGUGGGGGAAGCUGCGGCAGGAGGAGCCCCAGCUGGCAGGCGACCUGGCGGGCUUCCUGGCCAGGAUGAGCGGCCGCCUGCAGGAGGUGCGGGCCGACAAGGAGGCCCUGCAGCAGACCCUGCGGAAGCGGGACUCUGACCACCACCGCGAGGCCCAGCGGCUCUACGAGGAGAUGGAGCAGCAGAUCCGCUGGGAGCAGCAGCUGCUGCAGGCUGAGAGCGACUCCCGGGAACUGGCCCUCAGCUCUCGGAUGCAGGAGGCGCUGGAGGCCAAGGAGCGCGAGGUGCAGCGGCUGGCAGAGGGCCAGACGGAGCUGGAGGCCCAGCUGCACCACCUCGGCAGCACACACCAGGAAGCCGCCUCGGAGAGCCAGCAGCUUUGGGAGGCCCAGCGCCACCUGGCUGGGCAGCUGGAGAAGGUGCAGGGACAGCUGCAGGUGACCAGGAAGCACCUAAAUGCUGCCAGGGGCCGAGUGUCCUGGCAGAUGGAGGAAGAGACCAGUGUCUCUGGAGCAGGCCAGCCGGCCCCAGACCUGCAGGCCAUGUCCCCCGAGGAGGUUCCCCUGCCCACGCUGUUUGGGGACCACGAGGACUGGGGCCAGCUCCUGAGCGGCUUCCACAGCCCUCCGCGCGGAGCCCUGCAGCUCUCCUGGAGCCCGCCCCCCACCCCGACAGCGGCCUCGGGCCCCCAGACGCCCCGCGUGGUCAGGCAGAUCUCCAUCUCGGAGCCGCACGCCGUGCUGUUUGGUCAGGAGCCGUCUUCAGAUCUGGAUGCGGCUCCAGGGAGCCCCCCCGGGGUGCCUCCCAGCACCCGGGACGGGGAAGGAGUGGACCCAGAAGGACAGGACAUCAACCCGGAGCAGCCUGUAGAGGCCCCUCGCAGCCCAGACCCCAGCACGGAGCCGGAGGGCCGCUUCCUCCGGGGUCUCCCGGAAGCCCCAGCAGGGGCGUCAGGAAGCCCGGGGGCGGCUGCCCUGAAAGUGCUUGUUCCUUUGGAGGAUGAGCCCCCUCCCCAUGUGAAUGCGCCCCUUCACCAGGCCCGGGCCGGGCCCAGCACACAGUUCCAGGCCUCAGACACAGAUGACAGGGGCCCCGGGCCUGGGCCUGCCCCAGCCAAGCUGCCCAGGCAGACAGAGACCCUCCACCACGACCUGCCUGCCCGCAGCUCUGAGCCACAACAGGGGGCCCUGGGGGCCAGAGCCCUCACACUGGAGCCAGCUGGGCCCUCCCGGGGCCUGGAGUCUGCGGCUCAGGGCCCCACUGAGGGGCUGGAGCGGGGAGAGCAGGGCCCCGCUGUGCAGGAGGCCCGUCCUGAGGGGCUGGGAGAAGCCCCUGGCCGGAUCCUUGGGCCAGGUGGGCUGCCCGCCCGCCCCGACCACAGCCUGGCCCAGAAACCCAAGGCCAAGGCAGCAAAACGAGCAGAUGGAGGUGGGCCGGACCUCAGUUCAGAACGGUCAGCUGAGGCUCGUGGCCUGGAGACUAUGCAUUCAGAGCUGCCCCAGCCAGACGCACGGCCCAGUCCUCUCCCGUCCAGCACGCCGCAGGCUCGGGCAGAACCAGGAGCCUCUGCUCCUGCGAAACCAUCGCCUCCACGGGGCUCUCCUCCCCUCUCCCCUGCGGGGGCUCAGCCUGGGGCUGGAGCAGGACCCCGGGAGCCCACACAGGCCCUCCCCACUGUGGCCGAGCUGGAAGCCCAAGCCAGGCCGCCGCCCAUGGCUGCUCACACAGAAGAACAAGGCCCUCCGCAGUCCGGGGAGCCAAGGGCAGAGAGCAGGCCUGAAGAUCCAGGGACGGGCUCCGGGGAGGCUGGGCUGACCCCUUCCCUGGAGGACCCCAUGGCCAGCAAGCCUCAGGCCGACCCUGAUUACCUGUUCCAUGUCAUCUUCCUGGGAGACUCCAACGUGGGCAAGACCUCCUUCCUGCACCUGCUACACCAGAACUCCUUUGCCACUGGGCUGACAGCAACCGUGGGAGUGGAUUUUCGGGUCAAAAACCUGCUGGUGGACGACAGGUGCUUUGCGCUGCAGCUCUGGGACACGGCUGGCCAGGAGAGGUACCACAGCGUGACACAGCAGCUGCUCCGCAAGGCUGAUGGGGUGGUGCUCAUGUACGACGUCACCUCCCAGGAGAGCUUUGUCCACGUGCGCUACUGGCUGAGCUGUCUCCAGUACGUGUCUACUGGAAUUCUGCAGUGUGUACUAGCACGGCAGAGGGGUAUGGAGUUAGUCAUGGUGUCUUCUGUCCAGAAGCUUCUAGUCUAGUUGAAGAGAUGCAAAAGAAGCAAAGUAAGGUAAUGUGUGAGGAGGAGAGCUGGGCCCAGGGGUCUGAGAGGACCUGGGUUUGAAUCCCACGAUCCCAUCCCGACUCUGUGACUUUGGACAAGUGGCUUAACCUCUCUGAACUUCAGUUUCCUGACUUCUCUGCUAGGGGAGUCGUGAGGGCUAACUGAUACCAUUGCCUUCAGCACAGCAAUGGCGUAUAGCAAAUGGUAAUCAGAAGCCGUUGUUAUUAUUCAUGAAACAAUUAGGAAACGUGCCGAGGCAGCCUGUGUAAUCAAACACUGGACUGUCUAUUCAACACACACAGGAAAAGAAGGGCAUGGGCAGGAGCAAUCCAGGAAGGCUUCCUGUAGGAAGGGCCAUUGAGGCUGGCCUUGAAUAGUAGGUGAGGUGCUUCCAGGCAGAGAGGAGGGGCAGGCCCGCUGCAGACGGGGGAAGUGUCCAGGUGAGAAGGGGGUGGAUGACAGUGACCUGGGAGGGACACCUGUGCAGGGCGCACUGUCAGCUUCUGGGGCGGAGGCCGGAUCCGCCCGGCCUGGCACACGGGGUGUGGCUGAGAGCGCGUGCUCCGUGUGCAGGACUCGGGUCCCGACGGGAUGGUCAUCCUUCUCCUGGGGAACAAGACGGACUGUGAGGAGGAGCGGCAGGUGCCCACGGAAGCGGGGCAGCAGC